AGCUAUCAGAUUGAUUGGUUUGUCGAGGACGUGAAAGUAAUUAGAACGAUACACAAAAUGACUGAGGAAGACUCGGUGUUCGAUCCCACUCUGAAGAAAAAAAAGAAGAAGAAGAAAACCACCUUUGACCUCGAUGCUGCAUUCAAUGAAGGCGGUAGUACUGGUGAUGCAACUGAAACUACCGGUGACAAAGAAAACCAGGAGCCAGAGCCUCCUGUGCUCGCUGAAGAUGAUGACACAUUGGAUUUAGAAAAUUUUGGAAGAAAGAAAAAGAAGAAGAAAAAAGCAUUCAACUUGGAUGAACUGGAUGCGGCUUUGCCAGAUACAAAAAAGGAGGAUGUUGUUGAACAACAAUCUGAAGAAAUCGCAGUGGAUGAUACCUUUGAUCUGGACAUGGACUUCUCAAAAACUAAAAAGAAGAAAAAGAAGAAGAAAGAUCUCGAUUACUCAUUAUUUGUUAACAUCUGCAUUGAAUCUGAGCGAAAUGCAGAGUAUGUAUUAAUUUCUUUUUCAGAGGAAACAAGUUUAUGGUUUGGAUCCGAUAGAGAUUACACGUAUGAUGAAUUGUUGGUAAGAGUAUUCAACAUAAUGAGGGAAAAGAACCCUGAUAUGGUUGCUGGAAAGAAACAAAAAUUCAUUAUGCGACCUCCUCAAGUAGUACGUAUUGGCACCAAGAAGACAUCUUUUGCUAAUUUCACCGAAAUAUGUAAAACACUUCAUAGGCAACCAAAACAUUUACUCGACUUUUUACUCGCUGAGUUAGGAACCAGCGGUUCUGUCGACGGAAAUAGUCAACUUAUUAUUAAGGGUCGUUUCCAACAGAAACAAAUAGAAAAUGUUCUUAGGAGAUACAUUAAAGAAUAUGUUACUUGUCACACAUGUCGUUCGCCGGACACCAUUCUUCAAAAGGAUACUCGACUAUUUUUCUUACAGUGUGAAACCUGCGGCUCAAGGUGUUCAGUAGCUAGCAUAAAAUCUGGGUUCCAAGCCGUCACAGGGAAACGUGCUGCUAUUCGAGCAAAAACUGCCUAAGAAAAUUUUCAUAUGUCCCGUCUAUCAAUUUUGUAGCAUAAUUUUCAAAUUGUCAGACAUUUUUUUGUUAGAAUACAGUUUUUACUAUACCCAUUGUAACUGCGUGCAAUCUAAACACCUGUUUUUUACUCGCAUGAAUUGAAUGUCGUCAAUUCCGAAGAAAAAGUGAUUGUGAAAUUUGCAACGCAUGUUUUUUAUGAACAAUCUAUACACAGAGA